AUGGAUGAAGCAUUGGAGUUGUUUGAUAAAGUGCCGGAAAGGGAUGUUAUAGCUUGGGCUAGUGUGAUCAAGGGGCAUAUGGAUGCCAGGAAUGUUAGCUCGGGCGGUGUUUGUUUGAUGAAAUGCCGGAGAGGGAUCCACAGAGGACUAGUCAAAGAAGGUCUAGCAUGCUUCAAGAGUUUGAUCAAAGACUACAAACUAGAGCCGAAAGUGCAGCAUUAUGGAUGUAUGGCUGACAUUCUGGGUUGUGUGGGAUUGCUGAAAGAGACAGUGAGAUUGAUCAAGGCAAUGCGUGUACAACCAAAUGAUGUGGUUUGGAGAUCACUGCUAAGUGCUUGCAGAAAUCAUGGUAACAUUGAGAUUGGAAAGAAGGUGGUUACCAGUAUGAUAGAAUGUGAUAAUUGUAGGUCUAGUUCAUAUGUUCUCCUGUCAAAUCUGUAUGCUGGAUGUUGUAUGUGGGAAGAUGCAACCAGGAUUAGAAUGACAAUGAAAGAAGGGGAUUUUAGGAAACUUCCUGGUUGUAGUUGGAUUAAGCUUGAUGGGAUUAUUCAUGAUGGGAUUAACUCGCCCUCAAGCUCGACGGAUUUAUUCCAUUCUUUUGAAUUUUUGUACAGUUGA